UGAGAAACAUGGAAUAAAAAAUAAAUAUAUUAUGCCAUGACAAAUUCUGGUUUCUAUGGUGUUCAUAUUGAUAAAGAAACGCGCUUUUUCGAUAGCACGAGGCAUUAUUGUAAUUAUAAUUAAUUACGUUUUUUGUUGAGUUAUUAUUUGAAUUAUUCUAUGGACAGUGUUUAAUUGUUCAAUUAUUAUAACUUUAAUUUUAGAGGUUUGUGUUAAUUUGUUAAUUUGAUUUUUUGAAAAUUCUUAAUCAUGAAGAUCGAAGAAGUUAAAAGUACUGUAAAAACCGCCCGCAUUUCAAGUCACAGUCAUGUAAAAGGGUUGGGGUUAGAUGAAACUGGCGAAGCUAUUCAAAUGGCUUCUGGUUUAGUUGGUCAAGAAGAUGCGAGACAAGUAAGAGCGACAAUUUAGAAUAAUUAUUUAUAGUUUAUAAUAAUAAUAACCUAUUUGUUUUACUUUACAGACUAACUUCACGGUUUCUUCCAAAAUUGUGCAAAGUUUUAGUUAAUAUUUUGCAUUAUAAAUUCUCACAGUCACUUAUUUCCAACAAAUGCUAGCCGCCUAGCUAAACGCUAUUUCAUUUAGACCAUCAUAUAAUUAAUAACUUAGUAAUAUUCCAUUGUUAAUUAUUGAUAGCAGGAAAAAUUUUCACAUUUUGACCUUUCUCUACACGUUUUACAUUUGAGUAGAGCGAGUUUAAUUAUAGUAGAUUAAAUAUGCCCUGUAGGUAGUAUUAAAUUAAUAGCAAACGUAAAAAUGGCCUAAGUUUAAUUGUAUAAUAUAUAUAUAUAAAUAUCAAAAAAUAUUGAGUCCCUACUUAAAGCUACUGACUGCAGCGGAAUUCCUGUGCACACUUCUAUAGUUUAUUUUACUCUUUAGUUCAAAAUUUAAAUUUAACAAUUGUCAUAUAUAUAUUAAUAAAAGAAAUUGUUUAUUUACUUUAUAACAAAACAAUUGUUAUUUUUAGAUUCUGAGUGGAACGAGGAAUGUAUUAGCUUUACAAAGAUGUGUAUUUUUUAAUUUUUUUUUUUAUGUGUACACUUUCUACCGGAAAACAUACUCUAAUUAUCAAGUAUAAUGCCUUUUCUGAAAGGAAAUGUUCUCUGGGUGUAACUUUAGAGCAGUUAUUUUUAAAUUUCUCAUUAAUAUUUGAGAUAAUGAAAAAAACCAGAUUCCUUAAAUUAAAAAAUAUUGAAAGAUUAAAAAUAAGGUUGUCCUUGGGAACCACUUUUAUUUAUUUUUGUUGUUUUAAAGUUUUUAUUAUUUUAAAUCUUUAAAACAAUCAUUGUUGUCAUGGAGACGCCUAUUGUUGUAACUAUUUUACCAAAAUAUGACAAUAUAUAUUGUUGUUAAUUUGCACCGAUAAACCUAUCGGUGCUUACAAAUAUACUUUACAUUCAUAUCUGUAUCCUACCUUCCCAACUUCCCACCUACAAAAGUGACUGCAUCCAUGUACAAAGUACAAGUAUAUAUUUAUUACCAAAAAAAAAAACUGGAAAAAUUUUUUUUUUUUAUUCGGAUUAUGCUCUAAAACUACUAUUUAUUAUAAUUUGAAUUGCAACAAAAAUGUGCGUAACCAUUUAUGUACAUAAACUCUGAAACAAUUUUUAAUUUAAUUUUUAUUAAUUAAAAAAAUUUAAUUUUUUUGAAAAAUAAUUGCUCACAUAAUAUAACUUUUAAUUAUUAAUUGUUUUGUUAUCAUUAUGGUAAAAAUAUUAAUUUUAAACUAUCCAUCUACUUUUAGGCGGCUGGUAUUGUUGUUGACAUGAUAAAAACAAGAAAAAUGGCUGGCCGUGCUGUUUUAGUUGCUGGACCUCCGGGUACAGGCAAAACUGCAAUCGCUCUUGCUAUUGCUCAUGAACUUGGAAACAAAGUAUGUACUAUUGGGCUUCAGUAUAAAGAGUAAAAUUAAAAUUUUUUGCGGCCAUCAAUAUUUUAAAUAUUUAUAUAUUAUUAGGUACCGUUUUGUCCUAUGGUAGGAUCCGAAGUAUAUAGUUCAGAGAUAAAAAAAACUGAAGUGUUAAUGGAAAACUUUCGACGUGCUAUUGGGCUUCGUAUCAAAGAAACAAAAGAAGUAUAUGAAGGAGAAGUUACUGAAAUGACACCUGUGGAAACUGAUUCUACUGCAGGGGGUAAAUUUAAAAUCAAACAAAUUAAAAUGUUCACCAAAACUUGCUUCAAAUAAUAUUUUAUUUUAUUAUUAAUUUUGAAUAAUAGGUUAUUCCAAAACUGUAUCACAUGUUAUUGUUGGAUUAAAAACAGCUAAAGGAACCAAACAAUUAAAAUUGGAUCCUACUAUUUAUGAGUCCUUACAAAAAGAAAAGGUUGAAACUGGAGAUGUUAUUUACAUUGAAGCCAAUAGUGGAGCAGUUAAACGACAAGGAAGAAGUGACAGUUAUGCUACAGAAUAUGAUUUAGAAGUAAUUAAUACAGAACAUAAUACAAUUAAUAAAAUAUUUCAUCAAAAAUAAUAAACUUUUAACAUAAUAAUAAUAGUAAACUAAUUGUUCAUUAAAUAGUUUUUCACAAGUUAUAAAAAGACAUAUUUUUAUUAAAUUAUCAAAUAUUAGUGAUGAUCCGAUAUUUGCUUUGAAAUAAAACUAACAUGUUAGUUGAAAACCCAAUUUUUGAGUAAAGAUUUUUUUUUUUUAAAUAUCGUUUAUAAACAAACCCGAUAUCCAAUAUAAAACUGUAUAUAAUGAUUUUUUUAUCAUUAAAUACUCAUUUUGAAAAUUAUUGACUAUUUUUUAAAUUAAGUUGUUUUUUUUUUUAUCAAUUUUAUGAUUGAGGGAGAAACUACUAUCAAAUUUUGAUUUUUAAAUGGCAACCUAUAUUGAAAAUGCCUUUAAUGGAUGGAGUAUUAUACUCUAUUCAGAUUAAGAACAGAUUAGGAGGUUGAUAUAAAACACAUCAUUGUUUACACUUCCAUUGCCACUGUGGUAUUUAUAACUCAUUCACACAGCAUGCGAACAUAAAUAAUAAUUCCCGAAUAAUUAACAAAUCUGCCACCAGGUGGUCUAGCAGCGCUAUAAGCUUGGUUGAGAUGUGCGAAGGCAGUCUGUUCUUAUUCUGAAUAGAGUAUAAUUUAAAUAAAUUUUGGUAUUAAUAUUUUUGGUUUCCGUAAAUCCAUUAACGAAAUAUUCCACUUUAAAGUUUGGGUUGGAGAAGAGUAGUGGUGCAUUAUUAAAACGCUGUACGCCGUACCAUUACCCAAAAUGAUGCCCCACUACUCUCCUUUAACCCAAACUUAAAGUGGAUUAUCUCGUCAAUAAAUUGAUGGAAAUUUAAAAUUUCAAGACAAAAUUUUAUUUGAACUAGUACUCCAUCUAUUUAUAGGAUUUUUAAUAUAGGUUUUUAUUUGAAAAUCCAGAGUAGAUAGACGUUUCACCCCCCAAAAAUAAUAAAAAUGUAAAAUUGAAGGGGCUGCUUAUUUCUUAAAUUUUCUAUAAAAUAGAUUAUGAAAAAAGUUAAAACCUUCCAAGACAAUGAGUGUUUCACAAUAAAAAAAUCGCCCUUUAUAACAUAAAAAUUGUUUAUACUACCUAUACUUUAAGAUGCUUAUUUUAUAAAAUUAAAAAAUAAAUUAUAUGAUUUAUCUAAAUAUGAAUUAUUAAAUAAUUAGGCUGAAGAAUAUGUACCUUUACCAAAAGGAGAGGUUCAUAAGAAAAAGGAAGUUAUUCAGGAUGUGACACUACAUGAUUUAGAUGUCGCUAAUGCUCAACCCAAAGGUGGCCAAGAUAUACUCUCCAUGAUGGGUCAACUAAUGAAGUCCAAAAAGACAGAAAUUACUGGCAAGUUCUUUUUCCUCUCUUAAUUUCAUAUCUGGUAUAAUUAAAUUUUUAUUUGUUAUAGAUAAAUUGAGAAAGGAAAUAAAUAAGGUGGUCAAUAAAUAUAUUGAUCAAGGUAUUGCUGAAUUGGUACCUGGAGUAUUAUUUAUUGAUGAAGUACAUAUGCUCGAUUUGGAAACAUUUACAUAUUUGCAUAAAGCAUUAGAGAGUACCAUUGCACCUAUUGUGAUUUUUGCUACAAACCGAGGACACUGCACUGUCAGGUGAAAAAAUGAUAAAUUUAUAAUGUAAUUUAAAAUAUCUUGGCUCACCUACACAGGUCUUCAGUGAAGUCCAUAGUAUUAAUUUGCAUAUUAAAUUAAAUUGUGUACCCGAUUUAUUUAUUUAAUUUGAUUUUUUAUAAUAUUACAAUAAAUAUUUUUUUUUAGGGGAACUGAAGACAUUAUUGCACCUCAUGGAAUCCCUAUGGAUUUACUUGAUAGAUUAUUAAUAAUUAGAACUCUUCCGUAUAAUAGAGAAGAGAUGGAAAGUAUACUUAAACUUAGAGCUCAAACAGAAGGUCAUUCCAUUGAACCAGACGCGCUACACUAUCUUGCUGAAGUUGGUGUGACUACUACUCUAAGGUAUACUUAUAAGAUUUUUAAUUUUAAAAAAAAAAAAAAUGUGUUGAUAAUACAUUUAAAAUGUAUAAACAUUUUUUAGAUAUGCCAUUCAGUUAUUGACUCCAUCGUCACAAAAUGCCAAGAUGAAUGGACAUGGUUCAAUAUUACGUUCUGAUAUAGAAGAAACCACAUCGUUAUUUAUGCAUGCAAAAGAAUCAUCUAAAAUAUUAAAAAAAUGUGCUGAUAAAUUUAUGAAAUAAUUUUUGAUUUAAGAUUGUGUAUAAUAAUAUUAAAAAUGUACUCUAAUUUUUUUUCCUUUUAUAAUUUGUUAUUUAUGUUUUCAACCAGUAAGGACUGAUAAAAAGAAAUAAACAUAAUUGAAUAACACAAUAUCUAUUUAAUCUAAAUUGUUUGAUUAUGUUUAUUUAUCCAACCAUUAGACCAUUAUACAUUAUUGUAUUUUUUUCAAUUGCUCUAUACUGAUGAUAUUAAGAUCAGUAAAAUCCAUAAUAGACUGUAUUCUAUUACACAAUUAACUAAACCACAAAAUACUUAUACAUUCCUUUUGAAAUUUUUGUUUCAAUAAUACACUUGAAUACUAAUUAUGAACAAAAUAUUAUUUAUUAUUUGGUCAAAUAAAUCAUUGAGAGAAUUGAUUAGAAUAAAAAAAAAUAACUAUAACUCUAACUUAGAUUAUGCUAUUUUUUAUGAUCUGUGUAAAUAUAAGAACUGCUCAUUGUCAGUUAAUAUCCAGCAUUGAGUUUAAUGUAAAGUAUAACUUUAAAUCAUUUUGGAAUUGCAUUAUAUGUAUUAAGUCUAAUAUACCAAAUGUUCCUCUUCUGUUUUUCUUGAUAAUAACUAGAUUCUUUAAGUGCUUUCUUCCCCCCCCCCUCUCUGCAAAAUCUUUUUUCCUGUAAUACUGUAGUGCAG